CAUUUUCUCCAGCAUUUUUUUUCCUGAACAACCAAUCUGAUAUCUGGUUUUUCCCCUUCACACCCUCUCUCCUACAUCAUCACCAUGAACCCCUCUGAGCAUUCUAUGGAACAGGGAGUAUCUCAGCAGAAUUUCAAGAGGACGUCUUGCACAACUGUGCUUACUCUAGCUUACCAAAGUCUUGGGGUAGUAUAUGGUGACCUCAGUACUGCCCCUCUUUAUGUUUACAAGACCACAUUCUCAGGGAAAUUGAGCCUCAAGGAAGACGAUGAAGAAAUUUUUGGGGUGCUUUCAUUUAUCUUCUGGACAUUUACCAUUAUUGCUCUCUUCAAAUAUGUUUUCAUUGUGAUGUCUGCUGAUGACAAUGGGGAAGGGGGUACCUUUGCAUUAUACUCACUUCUAUGUCGAAAUGGCAGACUAAGCAUUUUACCAAAUCAACAAUCCACAGAUGAGAAAUUGUCUACUUAUGGCACAGAAGAUUUUGCAGACACCUGGCAGUCUUCAAUUUUGAAGUUAUUCUUUGAAAAGCACCCGGGGAUCCGGAAAGGACUUCUGAUCUUUGUCCUGAUAGGAACCUGUAUGGCAAUUGGGGAUGGUGUGAUUACUCCUUCAAUAUCAGUUCUUGCUGCAGUUUCAGGCGUUAAAGUUAAAAUCAGUGAACUCCAUGACAAUUAUGUUAUAAUGGUCUCAUGUGUCAUUUUAGUGGGGCUAUUCUCCAUUCAGCAUCAUGGCACACAUAGAGUUGCUUUCUUGUUUGCUCCAGUUGUUGCAACAUGGCUUUUGUGUAUUAGCAGUAUUGGUAUAUACAACAUAUUCCACUGGAACCCAAAAGUAUACCGUGCACUUUCUCCAAUCUACAUGGCGAAGUUCAUCAAAACAACUGGGAUUGAAGGAUGGUUGUCAUUAGGAGGAGUGGUGCUUUCAAUCACAGGUGUGGAGACCAUGUUUUCUAACUUGGGACAUUUUUCUGCUCUCACAAUAAAGAUAGCUUUCACAUGUCUAGUAUAUCCCUGCCUAAUUCUGGCAUAUAUGGGUGAGGCUGCAUUCCUCUCUAGGCAUCAUGAAGACAUUCAAAGAAGUUUCUACAAAGCCAUACCAGAAGCUGUGUUUUGGCCAGUGUUCAUAGUGGCAACUUUUGCAGCCAUUUUAAGAAGUCAAGCAGUAAUUUCUGCUACCUUUUCCAUCAUAAGCCAGUGCCAUGCAUUAAAUUGUUUUCCUUCAGUGAAGAUUAUUCAUACUUCAACCAGAAUAUAUGGGCAGAUAUACAUCCCAGAAGUCAAUUGGAUAUUGAUGUGCUUUUGUUUAGCUAUCACAUUUGGCCUAAGGGACACUAACAUGAUAGGUCAUGCAUAUGGGCUGGCAGUGACCACUGUUAUGUUUGUUACAACAUGCUUGAUGACACUAGUAAUUCUGAUUGUCUGGAAGCAAGGAAUAAUAAAAGCCCUUACAUGUUUGCUAUUGUUUGGAUCAAUUGAACUUCUUUACAUCUCAGCUUGUAUCUGCAAGGUCCCUGAAGGAGGGUGGAUUUCACUUGUGCUAUGCUUUAUCUUUAUGUGUAUAAUGUACACCUGGAACUAUGGAACAAUGAUGAAACACCAAUUUGAUGUGGAAAACAAGGUUUCAAUGAAUAGGAUGCUAUCUAUGGGACCUUCACUCGGUAUGGUUCGUGUACCGGGAGUAGGACUCAUGUACUCUAAUCUGGCUUCUGGUUUCCCUGCUAUGUUUGGUCACUUUGUUACAAACUUGCCAGCAUUCCAUGAGGUGCUAGUUUUUGUCUGUGUCAAAUCUGUUCAAGUCCCUCAUGUGAGUGAAACCGAACGAUUGCUCAUCAGUAGGGUCAAUUCGAAGGAGCUUGGCAUGUUUCAUUGCAUUGUCAGGUAUGGUUACAAGGACAUUCAGCAGGAGAAAUAUAAUUUUGAGAACAAGUUGAUAUCUUCUAUAGUACAAUUUGUGGAAUCAGAGGAGGAAAGCAUAGAAGAACCAACACAUGAAUUGUCUGCAAAUGAUGAAAACUCAAAUGUGGAAGACCAUGGUGUUUCUCUUUCACAAAACACAUUUGAUAAGUCAUGCUGUGAAGAGAACUUACUCCCAUCUUCACGUGCUUUGCUGGUAAUGAUGAAUGGUGAUAACCAUCCAGAAAAGUGUUUCUACGAAGAUGAGUCUCUGCAGAUUAUGAAAGCUAAAGAGUUUGGUGUUACCUAUAUACUAGGUCAUUCCCUUGCAAAGGCAAAGAACUCAUCUUCCAUCCUAAAGAAAUUUGCUAUAGAUGUUGUUUUUGGAUUUCUAAGCAAGAAUUGCAGAGAGUCUGAUGCUGUUCUGGAUGUUCCUCACACUUCUUUGCUAGAGGUUGGCAUGACAUACUAUGUCUAAUUUUUUAGAGGCAUCUGCUCAGAAGAGAAUAGUCAGAGUUAAAUGUUGGUUUAAAAGAGUGACACUGACAAUGACCUCCAGAGGCCAAUCAAUGGUCAAGAUUAAUCAGAGGUAGAUUUGUAAUCAUUGAUCUCUAGGUCUCCAUAUUUCUGUAUCAAAUAAUGUAAUUAAAAAGAAAAACUGUUUCACACAAGAGAAUAGAUUACACUGACAAAUUUGCUUAUAAAAAUAUGCAUAUUCUAUUAUUCUUUCA